GUUUGACUAAAUUAAAUAAGAAGGAGAAGAAGACCACCUCCUCACAUACGCCGGGGAACAUGAUAAAAAUGGCUUAAGACCAUUGCUGAAAGCCGUGGAACAACAAACCAUAGAGACGACGACAAGUUCUCCAGCAAAGAUUCUUCUUGCAAGCCUUAGAUCGAUCGGUAUGAGCACUCAAGCGACGGCGACUUCUUCAACAUCAGGGAGGAUGAGGAGAGGACACCCACCACCACCACCACCUUCCAAGAAACCAGACCAAUCAGAGCACGGAAGCUUCGUCAACAACGUACCAAACUCACCUCCUCAACCUCCCUCCAACCUCGAGAGAACAGUCAAGAACCUUCGCUUAUCAAAAGCCAUCACCGUCCCCGAAGGAACCACCGUCUACGACGCGUGCCGGAGAAUGGCAUCUCGUCGCGUCGGCGCCAUUCUCCUGACCAACUCAAACUCCCUCCUCUGCGGUAUCUGCACCGACAAAGACAUCGCUACGAGAGUCAUCGCCCAAGGGUUGAAACCAGACCAGACUCCCGUCUCUAGAGUCAUGUCAAAGAACCCUGACUUCGUCACCUCUGACUGCUUAGCCUUGGAAGCUCUUCAGAAGAUGGUUCAAGGCGGGUUCAGACACUUGCCCGUCGUGGAGAACUGCGAACUCAUCGGUCUGCUAGACAUCACGAAGUGUCUCUACGAUGCUAUCUCGAGGAUGGAGAAAGCCGCGGAGCAAGGCAGCGCUUUAGCCGCUGCUACGGCUGGUGCUGGUGCUGGUGGGUACGGUUUCAUCGAGACGGUUAGGGAAGGGAUGUUUAAGCCUUCCUUGUCGACUAUCAUCACCGAUAGCUCCAAAGUCGUGCUCGUCUUACCGUCUGACUCUGUCUACGUGGCCGCGAAGAGGAUGCGUGAUCUGCGCGUUAACUCUGUGAUCAUCUCCACGGGGAGCAAGAUCCAGGGGAUACUGACUUCGAAGGAUAUUCUAAUGAGAGUCGUAGCGCAGAACUUGUCUCCUGAAGCGAUUCUUGUGGAGAAAGUUAUGACGCCGAGUCCUGAAUGCGUGUCGUUGGAGACGACGAUUCUCGACGCGCUGCACACGAUGCACGACGGGAAGUUCUUGCAUCUUCCCGUGUUGGACAGAGACGGUUCGGUUUCGGCUUGCGUCGACGUGUUGCAGAUCACUCACGCGGCUAUCUCGAUGGUCGAGAACAGCUCCGGAGCUGUGAACGUGAUGCAGAAGUUUUGGGACUCGGCUCUUGCGUUAGACCCGGUUGUUGAUCAUGAUGAUUCGGACGCUCGUAGCGAAACGUCGGGGAUGAUUGGGUCGUCGACGAAGCUCGCUUCUUACCAUUCUCUGGAGCUAGGAGGGAACUCGUUUUGUUUCAAAGUCGGAGAUCUCAAGGGACGUGUGCAUCGGUUUAGUUGCGGUGGUGAAAGCCUUGAGGAGCUGAUGGGUGUUGUGAUGCAAAGAAUAGGUGUUGAUGAUGUGGCGGAGCAGCGGCCUCAGAUUGUGUACGAGGAUGAUGAAGGCGAUAAGGUGUUGAUUACGUCGGAUAGUGAUUUGGUUGGUGCGGUUGCUCUUGCUAGGUCUACAGGACUGAAGGUGUUGAGGCUGCAUCUGGACUUCACCGAGACAACAACAACAACGAGGUGCUUGAGGUCGGAAACGGGUCAACUCAGUUCUCUGGAUGGAAAGGGAGGCGGGUGGGUUACGUGGCGUGGUGGUGUGGUGGUUACAGGAGCUGUUGUGAUAACGAGCGUAGCUGUAGUUGUUUACUUGAAACGCUCGAAGACAUGAUUCUAUGAUGAAGCAAUAACUCUUUUUCUUUAUUGUGCAAGUUUUUAUACAUACAAAACUGUCUUUGAUGUCAGUUUGGGUUUACAUGUUUUGCUGAUGCAAAAUAAAAACCUAUAUAUUCAUGUAAAACAUCUUAAACC